AUGAGAGAAUGCGUAAUUCAGGUCACUCCUCGGCAAGAUCAUUAUGAUGGAAUAUGCUACAUGAUGUGGUGUGGACAAACGACAUUCGGUCGAAUAAUCACCUCACAUCCAGCACUUGAGGGUACAUUCUGCGCACCAUCGAAAUGGUGCGAGUUGGGUCGUUGCGUUCCUUGGCCUGGCUCAAAGGCAUCACCCACCCAACAAGUACCAACGGUAUGCAAUAUUUAUUGCUUUUACCAUAAAUCACUCAGCGCAGAAUUUCAAAAAGUACUUCUUACACGAACUUGUGCAGUGAGAAUCCGUCAAAGUAGUUAUUCGGAUAAAUAUUUGUGGAUGUUUCAGAGAGUGGAUGGUCAGUGGUCAUUAUGGAGUAGUGUUUCCUGUUCAUCAUGUUCAUGUCCAUCACUGGCUGGUGCCAUUGGAUUAACAAUUCAAAAGAGAACAUGCUCAAAUCCUUAUCCUUCCAAUGGAGGUCUUGAGUGUGUCGGUGCUACUUCAAGAGCAAUCGUUUGUAAUCAACACUGUUCUAGGCCACUGAAAACAGUCGAUGAGUAUAUCGGUGAAAAGUGUACAGAACAUAAACGACUGAAGAAUGAUCACGAGCUGACAGGAACGGGGAGUCAGCUGAAUCGAUACCCACAAAGGGCGUGCAAGGUAUUUUGUGACGUGAGUAGCACAUAUGGAUCACAGAGAAAUUAUCGUUUCUUCGGUGAUAAUUUACCCAAUGGAGCACCAUGUGGUAAUGGCAGAUAUUGCUUAGAGGGCGAAUGUCUUGUGCUGUCAUGCAAUGAAAAUGCACUGGUGACAAGGGAUGUAGCAUGCCCGUCAGAACGAUGUUCUUCAAAUUCCGUAACCUUCACAAAUGCAACAGGCAGAUGGACCGAUUGGUCAUCGUGGACAUUCUGUUCACAAUCUUGCGGCAAUGGUUUUCGGGAACGCACUCGUUGGUGCUUGAAUGGACAUUGCGACGGUGACUCAACUGAACGCACAGUAUGUUUCUCAUCGCCAUGCCCAACCCCGUCGAGCAACUCAGACGAUUCAUGGAGUGAAUGGACGUCAUGGAAUCAGUGCUCAGUGACAUGUGAUAAAGGCUCACAGGCUCGCUAUCGUAGAUGCAUUUCAUCAUCACACACCUCACUAGGCACUUCCUGCCCAGGCAAUUCAAUGGAAAUUCGUCCGUGUGAUAUGGGUUCAUGCAACUUAGGCACUGUUGGACUAUGGGGUCACUGGACCGAAUGGACUAUCUGCUCAACAUCGUGUGGACCUGGAAUUCAAACAAGGAAUCGUUUUUGUACGAAGGAGCCAUGCGACGGGUCGGCACAAUCUCGAAUGUCCUGUAAUCUCGGUGAAUGUGCUACGCCUUCGCAUUGGUCGCAAUGGGAAUCGUGGUCAGAGUGCUCCAAGUUAUGUGGGCGAGGCCUCCGCUCGAGAACAAGGAAAUGCCCAGAUAAGAAUUGUUUCGGUGGACGUAUUGAACAGCAGUUCUGUAACGAACAGCCAUGUAUAUCCACAAGCGGGCAGUGGUCAGGCUGGUCAGGUUGGGGAUCAUGCAGUGUAUCGUGUGGUAGCGGUAUCAGACGACGUACACGUCAUUGUCAGUAUGGGAAUUGCGAUGGAUCACACAAAGAUUCUGCGACAUGCAAUCAAGGGCCGUGUGGUGAAACUGACGCUACUUGGGGAGGUAAGCAGCAAAAUUCCAGUGAUGACAAACUUACCCUCAUUGACAAGUCCUCAGUACCGUACAACCAAGAAACAACGCCAGUUACUGCAGCAGAGAGUACAACCGAAACAUCAACGCACCCAUCAAUUCAUCCUCCCGCAUUUACCGUGAACCUCACUGAAACUACAACAAUGUCUCAACACACAACCGUAUUACACAACUACACUCUUUUCGAGGACAAUCUCACUGAUAUAACAACACAAUUAACGACCUUUUCAACUCCUACAUUAAAACCAGAUCUUAUCGAUAGUUCAUCCACAAUAACUCUUGCUACGAAACCUAUUCCAGUGAACAAUGAAAAUCAAUUUCAACCUCCCAAGAAAAAAAUUCGUAGAUUUUGGAUGUUCGCUAAUGGUACAUUAUCAAGUCAGCAUGAGAUAGAUCCGGUUAUAUUAGAAUCGUUCGUGAAACAAGCUGAAACUGCACUCACAAAUGCCAUUAGUGCUAGAACAAACGAAACCGAUUCUGUAUCCACUGAAAUUACAUCGAAGACUGUUAUCGUUGGGGUUAUUGGUCGACGUGCUCAGAGACAUGCGGGAACGGAAUACGCAAACGAGUUCGGAAAUGUUAUGGUUCAGGAGUGUGUGCUGGCAAUGAAUAUGAACGAGAGGCUUGUCGCAUACGGUUUUGCUAGUUUUGAUCGCUGUGCGUUUGUUCGAAGAGGCAGCUACUCGUCCAUUUCUUUAGGGGAAUAA